AUCUUCGUAUUCGUAUCUUAUCAAAGUGUACAUUAUCUAUAUAAACAUUCUAAAUCAUUAUUCAUUUGUGAUAGUAAGAUCUGAAAUUGUGGUGAAAUGACUAAAAUGUAAAUAUUAAGGAAUAAAGACGACAUAUUCAAUGACCAAGUUAGCUCUUUAAAACAUACUAUUAAUAUAAAUAUUAAUUAUUAAAUAAUUUAUAUGUUAAUAUCGUGUUAAACGUUACUACGUUAGUGUAUACAACACUAUUUAGUGCAUACAGAAAUCGAACAAUUUAAAAUUGAUAAUCUUGAUUUGUGGUGCAUCGCAUACAGAACACAUUGUUCUGCGUCUCAUCUGUUUAUAGGUAAUAAUACAACAUUGUUGCUUGGCCAUUAAACAUAUUGUUUGGAUUCUAAAACUAGAAACAUUUAAAUUCAAAAUAGUUCCAAAUGGCUUGGAGAUCUCACGGACGAAAUAAUAUUGAACUUGUACAAAACUUACGAGCUAAUAAUGUUAUUAAAAGUGAUAAAGUAGAAAAAAUAAUGAAAGCUGUUGACAGGGGUAAUUAUGUAUCAACAUCACCAUAUUUAGAUCAACCACAAAGUAUUGGGUAUGGAGUUACAAUCAGCGCACCUCAUAUGCAUGCAUACGCUUUGGAACUAUUGAAAGAUAAAUUAGUAGAAGGAGAACGAGCUUUAGAUAUUGGUUCUGGAUCUGGAUAUUUAACUGCUUGUAUGGCUAUUAUGUUAGGGGACAAUGGUAAAGCUGUUGGCAUUGAUCAUAUUCCUGAACUUGUUGAAAAAUCUUUAGAAAAUGUUAAAAAAGAUAAUCCUGAACUAUUGAAUUCCCAGAAAGUGAUUUUAGAAACUGGAGAUGGACGACUAGGAUUAGAAAAAUAUGCACCGUAUAAUGCAAUACACGUUGGAGCUGCAGCUGAAAAAAUUCCUCAACCGUUAAUUGAUCAAUUGAAACCUGGUGGACGUCUUGUAUUACCAAUUGGGCCACAAAAUGGAGACCAAGUGUUAGAAGUGAUUGAUAAAAAUUUGGAUGGCUCAUUAUCAAGGAAAAAGUUGAUGGAUGUGAUUUAUGUUCCCUUAACGGAUGCAGCAUCUCAAAGAAGUAAAUGGAACCACUGACCAUGUACUAUUAAUUUUAUUUAAUAAAAUUAUAUUACUUUAUUAGCUCUGGAUAAUCAAUUAAUAAGUUAUUUUUAAUUUUAAAAAGUAUGUAACUACACAGGAUAUCACUGUAAAAUAUUUUCUAAAUUUUGUUUUAUUUUUAUUCUUAAAUGUUGAUAUUGUUAUUAAAUUAUAUUUAUAAAUUAAAUCAUUCUGACAUUAAUAAUUUAUAAAUUAUUACACCUACUGUUUAAGAAUGUUAUUUCCUAUUAGCUACUGAAUUGAUUUAUUU